AUGUGCGCAUCGAAACUUGUUUGGUUUUCAAGUGUCGCAGCGGCGGCAACAUUGUGUUGCGGGUCUCAACUGGCGCAUAUCGAGCAACAGCUAGGCAUCGAAAACAUUGAAUUGCCAACCUUAGACCUUUCUGAGAGUCAAAAUAGCGAGAUCCAAGUGCUGGGCAAUUUCAGAGAUCUAAAUAUUUACAAGUACAGUGGACAAAACAAUUUCACGGGAGAGACCGAUAACACAACAAGCUGGCAAAACCUGAUAUAUUACUCCAAUGAAACGCUUCUUGAGCUCUACAGGGCACCAAGCAGUAAUGAAUCAUUCAGCAUCGACCACAUUGUGCCUUUAGGCUCCGACUCAUUCAUUCUGAGCGGAUCAGGGACUAUUUAUGGCCAAGAGCUGGAUCAUCAAUUGAUGCUCAAUCUAUCAACCCUGGAAUACAAAACAAUCUUCAACCAAAGCCUUCCACAGGUGAACGCUAUAACAGUUGUCCAUGAUAAAGUAUAUUUUGGUGGGUCGUUCACGUAUAACGUCUCGAAUCAAACAACUCACAGCAUCAUUGCCUGGGAUCCUGCUCAGGACAAGAUCGAGAAUUUGACAUUUGGGGGAUUUGAAUCAGACUCCAUGGUAAAUUCUAUUGUAAAGUGGGAUGAUCAGAAUUUGCUCUUUGCAGGUAACUUUUCAACCAUUGGCAAUACUAAAAUGCUAAAGAACAGCUUAUCCUCGAAUGCCUCUAAUACUUCAAUUCCAGAGCUAGGUCACCCCGUUUCGUUGAGGAGUGCUCAAGUACAGUCGGCAGGCAUCCUAAAUGAGAAUCAGUUGAUCUGUCCAUCAGCCUCAUCCUCAGAAGGCACUGGGUGGCUUCAAAACGAUACUAGUGUGGGGCAAAUAGAGUUUACACUUGCAGAGCAAACGCGCGCUUCCAAAAUCCGCCUUUACAAUUCUCCAUACGCAGAUGAGCAGGUUUCGUUGUUCCGCAUCCUAACACAACCGUCCGACAGCAUUAUGAACCUCACGUACUUGAACCCUUCUACUGGGUCUUUAUCAUCUUGUGACGCAUGGUGUCCACUUUAUGCGUUAUCUAAUUUAUCAGCGACAAGCUCAGAGAAGGAUGCUUCAGACAUGGUCCAAUUCCUUAACAACGAAACAACACUUGAAUGGUCUUCGCUCUAUCAAGAUUUCGCUUUUGUUGAUGAAGUCCCCUUAGCGAGCCUCACCUUUAUGGCGCUGGACUCUUACGGAUCCAGCGUCGGCCUAAAAUCCCUUGAGCUUUAUGAGAACAAAAUUUCUGUUUACGCAAAUAACUCGUUGAACGAACCUAAUUGCAUUGGUUCCGCCAGUAACUUUACUGCAGAUCCAUCGGACUCUUUUUUAUGGCUAGACAACUCGACGGAUGGAAACUACAUCUACACGCAAUUUGAUACUUCUCAAGGCGAGCCCUCCGUGGAAUAUUCGGUACCAAUAAACUAUCCAGGCGAAUACACAGUUAAUGUCUUUACGCCCGGCUGUCUUGCAGAUAACUUUUGUUCUGCGAGUGGCAUUGUUAAUGCAACUCUACGCGACAAGCAAAACAGUACAAUUCUAUCGACAAUAAUGAUAUACCAGAAUAACGACUAUGAAAAGUACGACACUCUAUACUCUGGGUAUCUAGAUUCGAGUGUGAGUGUCUCGCUUGCCUAUGAAAGUUCCAUCACCGAUGCUGAAACGCAGCUAAUGGUGGCUGACAGAGUUGAAGUUGUCAUUGAUGAAUAUGAUUCGUCUGUUUUUGACAAGACAGAAAGUCUCAACGUCUUAAACGGUUUGCUGCAAUACAGUUUAUCCAAUUCGUCGUCUUUCCUUGGGCAUCUUCAAUCUAACUCUACUACUGAUAUAAUGAGUUAUUCAGCAUCAAAAUUUCCGAAACGUUCCAACUUGUACGCAGACAAAUUAGAAAAUGAUCUUACAGUGCUCAGUUCUUUAGGACAGAUGGCAUCUUUAACAUUGAACCAGAACUUAGAUAUUGAAAACCACACUUUGGACACCAUAGGACAAAAAGUCAAUGGCAUUCUAGCUUAUUCGGGUGGUUUAGCUUUCAUGGGCUCGUUCAAUGAUACGGCAUCAGUUGGUGCAUUGGGCUUCAACGGAACACUAUUUGCACUUCCUGGAGUGGACAGAACGACUUUUCGCGCGAACAAUCUGACUAUCAUGGGUGAGGAAAUAUUGAUAUUUGAUGAUCAAUACGCAAUUAACGUCACUUCAAAUGAAGCUUUCCACAAUAGCUCAGAGCUUUUCCUUUCUGUCUUUAGCGCUGGUUGUAAUACCAUGAACGAUACGUUAUUUCAAGGGAGCAUAGUUCGCAACGAAUACACUAAUUUGAAUGGUACAUUUUCAAUAUCUUCAGAUCAGCAAGAAACACACCAAAAUUCGAAUUUACUUGAAGGCAGAAUACCUUACGAUGCUACCUACAUCGACAAUGCCACCACAGUAUAUGCCUUUUAUGAUCCGCAUGCUGCUAAUAAUUCUUUUGGGAUUACGGUUCUCAAUAAAUCUCAAACAACAGACAUUCCUUACAAAUGGGAUAACAGGGUUGGUGCUAUGGCUUAUCUAAAGAACGAGACCUUGCUAGCGAUCGGAUUGGAAAGUCAAGUGUCAGGCCCCCAAUUUUUAAUGAGAAACACUAGCACAAACAAAGAUAUUGCCAAUAUCUCUUGGCCAAGCGAAGUGUCCAUCAACUCAUUCAUCUUCUUCGAGCAAAAUAAAUCUAUUUUGGUCGGAGGAAGUUUUGCUCAAAACGACACAGGUUGUUCUGGGUUGUGUCUGUUUGAUUACCAGCAACAGAAAUGGUCUUCUUUCUUCAAUAACACAAUAAGUGGGACCAUCAACAGUAUGCAAUUAUCGAACAAAUCUCAACUCAUUUUGGCUGGGUCCUUCACCAUCAAUAGCACGAAGCAAGCAAGUCUCGCACUUGUUUCUCUAGACACUGGCGAUUUUCAAGUGCUUCACGGAGGGAAUGACACGAUGAAAAGUUUCGUGAAGCUGGAUAGCUCCUCCAGCAAUAGCAUCGUCGUAUCGGGCCAAAAGGUUUACGACCUCAGGAAUGGAAACUGGACUGUCAUAUCCUCCGAGUUUGAUGAAUCAUCUUCUUUCGGUGCAGCCUAUGUCGUGUCAACAACGCCUAGUUCGCAGAAGCAGAAAAGAGAUAAUGACGAUGCCAUGAUACUUAUUACAGGAGACAUGUACCACCAGUUGUAUGGUAACAUUAGUGCAGCUUUUUAUCACUCUGACAUCUGGACACCAUUUUUGAGUACAACUCUCGCAUUUUCUUCUUCAAUACUGACAGAACAACCUAACAUCUAUACCAACAAAGAUAUCUCAACAAUCAACAGUUACGAGGGAUUUUUACAAAGCACUUUUUCUGGUAAUUCAUCCAGUUCGAGCGAGAGUCCGAAGCCUUCCACCUCAUUACAUCCUCAUUCAGGUGACAAGCAAAACAAAAUCGCCCGAGGAUUUAUUGUUCUAAUUGGCCUUGCUCUCUCCAUGGGUACCUUGGCAGUACUGGGAAUACUAGGCGCAGGUUUCUCUUAUUUCUUCGGAGAUUCUGGAGACAGAUACCAGUCAUUAAAGCCUCGCAUCGAUGAAGGCGAAAUGAUAGAUACAGUCCCUCCGGAAAAACUAAUGAAGUUUAUUUGA